GUUCCUCCUCUUCUGUUCUGGCUUUACUGACAACUCCAGCGGAUCUCUCCAUCAUCAGACAUUUUCGCUCUCUUUGAUGCACAGCGACGUGUGUAGCGCACCAGAAGACCGACUCGAUAUAAGUUGGAUUAUCUUUGAGGUUGUUUGGACUGUUUGAAGAGGCUGUUAGGUGGGAACGGUUGCUGUCUUAUGAGAUGGAAUCAUCACCUCUGGCAACAUCGUAAGGACAGACAGACGGGACAACUUGCUCCAUUCAGUGGCAGGUUGGACUCCUAACCUCUAAAGAAAAUAUUUCUCAGUGACAGCGCCGGCAUCGUGCGUGGCCUUAUUUCCCAUGGACCUCAGGGUGGGAGAGAGGGGGAUGCGUCCCGGUUCAGACACAGCGCUCCUCACACCGCUUCACCCACCUCUGCUCCUCGCACCUUUCUCCCCACAACCCCGCACCUCUCUCUCCCAUCAGCAACUGCACCAGCAAAUCCGGUUUAAUAUGGAACAGAGGAGGCGUGAACAGGAGCACCAUGAGAAACAACAGGAGUUGCAGCAGCUAAAACACAAAGACAAGAGUCAACAGAGUGCAGUGGCGAGUUCCCUAGUGAAACAGAAACUCCAGGAGGUGAUUCUUAAGAAACAGAAACAGGCAGCAUUGGAAAGAACAAACUCUAACACUCUGACUGCAUCUUCUGUUGCAUACAGAAAGCUGGGCCCAGACCCCAACGCAUCUUCCCAGCCCCUGGUCUCAUCUCCAUCACAGCCACCCUCUGAGGGUUCAGAGGGGACGCCGCUGCGCAGAGCAGCAUCUGAACCAAAUCUGAAGGUGAAACACAAACUGAAGAAACACCUAAACACCCGCAAGAGUCCGCUCACCCGCAAAGAGAGUGCCCCGCCCACCAUCAAGCAUAGAGUACCGGACACACUGGACUCGUCCCCCAGCAGCAGCAGCACUCCAGUCUCUGGCUGCAGUUCUCCCAAUGACAGUCUGCCCAAUGAAAAUGGGCUACUGCCAUCUGCAGGCAGCCUCUCACAUGAGGCCCAGAAGCUGCUGCUCAGAGAUGGCACUCUAGCUAACUUCACCAUCCACAGUCACUCCACUCUACCCACCAUCACACUGGGACUACCAGCCAACUCAAGGGCUGAAGGAGAGCUAUCUUCUCUUAAGGUUGGCCGGGUUCCCGUUGUCACUGCUGGGGGCUCGCCAGUCUUCUUCCCCCUUAGCAGAGACGAUCAGGCUGGGCAAAUCAACCCUAAUUUGCCUGUCAUCAUCCUGGAGCCCUCUGGACUGGUACACACUCCACUACUCACUGGCUUAGAUUCUGUACCCCUACAGUUUGCACCCCAGUUAGAUCACCUGUCUCCUGGAGGGGCCCAGGCCCACAAGCCCUUGAGCAGAACACGCUCAGAACCCCUACCGCAGAGCACCCGCGCCCUUCACACACACCUGCUCCAGCAACAGCACAACACGCAGCUAUUGGAGAGGCUAAAACAGCAGACUCACCUGGGCAAGCUGAUGUCUAAGUCCAGCGAGAAGCCCAGACUACAUCAAAUCCCUUCUGAGGACAUGGACUCAGAAGAUGGCGGUGGGACGUCACCCACGGAGUCAACUUAUCACAGCAGACUUAGGGCGGAGUCACUGAGAGAGGUGGAGCCAUCAGUAUCCAAGACCCACGAAGAGCAAAUCAACCUGCAGCAUGCACUCAUUCUCAAUCAGUCAUUGCUAUGGGAACAGCAGAAACAGCUGCAGCAGCUGCAUCGACAAAUGGAGACCCUAGCAGUACCCAUGAUUCGGGGCAGCAGCAGCAGUGGGGUUGGUGGCACUGGUUUGGGUGUCCAUCACCGUCCCUUGUCACGAACACAGUCAUCCCCAGCUUCCACCUCUCUCACUCUGCCUGAGAAAUCGCUGAGCCUGGCUACACAGGACACAAGCAGCAAACCCCGCUUCACCACUGGCCUUGUGUAUGACUCUCAAAUGCUAAAACAUCAGUGUACAUGUGGGGAUAACAGCAGUCACCCAGAGCAUGCUGGGAGGAUACAGAGCAUCUGGUCACGACUACAGGAGAGAGGCCUCAGGGGACAGUGUGAGAGUAUUCGGGGUCGUAAAGCUACUCUGGAGGAGCUGCAGUCCGUUCAUACAGAGCGCCAUGUGCUGCUAUAUGGCACCAACCCACUCAACAGGCUCAAACUAGAUAAUCGCAAGCUGGCCGGAAUCCUCUCUCAAAGGAUGUUUGUGAUGUUACCAUGUGGAGGUGUGGGGGUUGAUAAUGACACCAUCUGGAAUGAGUCGCACACCUCCACAGCGUCACGCAUGGCAGCAGGUAGCGUUGUGGAGUUGGCAUUCAGAGUGGCCAAAGGAGAACUUAAGAAUGGCUUUGCUGUGGUCAGACCGCCGGGGCAUCACGCAGACCCCUCCAAUCCAAUGGGUUUCUGUUACUUCAACUCUGUGGCUAUUGCUGCCAAGCAACUCCAGCACAAGCUCAGUGUCAGCAAAAUCCUCAUUGUUGACUGGGAUGUUCACCAUGGUAAUGGCACCCAGGAAGUGUUUUACAGUGACCCCAGCAUUCUCUACAUCUCGCUUCAUCGCUAUGAUGAUGGAAACUUCUUCCCUGGCAGCGGGUCGCCAGCUGAGGUUGGUUCUGGAGCUGGUGAGGGCUUCAACGUGAAUGUGGCGUGGACAGGAGGACUAGACCCACCGAUGGGAGAUGCCGAGUACCUCGCUGCAUUCAGGUCUGUGGUGAUGCCCAUUGCCCAGGAGUUCUCCCCGGAUGUCGUUCUGGUGUCAGCUGGGUUUGAUGCUGCUGAGGGAAACCCAGCUCCUCUGGGAGGAUACAAGGUCUCCGCAAAGUGUUUUGGCUUCCUGACCCGCCAGCUGAUGUCUCUAGCAGGAGGUCGUCUGGUUUUGUCCCUUGAGGGAGGUCACGACCUUACUGCUAUCUGUGACGCAUCUGAAGCCUGUGUCAGUGCACUCUUGGGAAUACAGGACCCACUGUCAGAAGAUGUUCUCCUUCAGAAGCCCAAUGCUAAUGCAGUCCGCUCCUUGCAGGCUGUCAUACAGAUACAAAGUCAGUACUGGCAGAACCUGAAGGCCUGCAGUGGAUCGGUGGGUCUGUCGUACCUGGCUGCUCAGAGUAGAGACUGCGAGGAAACAGAUGCUGUUAAUGCCUUGGCCUCGCUCUCUGUGGGAGUCCUUCCUAACAAGAGCCUUCCCGAUGAGCCAAUGGAGCAUGACAGCGACUCCAUGUAGGAGAAUCCAACCAAUCCCUUCACAGCUCACUUUCAGGAACUGAGCACCAGCUAUAGCGCCGGCUCUUCUGUGCUGUCACAUGAACAUGAAGGGGACAUGGUUAUAAUUCCACUAAGCCCAACCCAUUUGCCUUCUCCACACACCACCCCACAACACACACAAUGCUGAACCUCUUCAAACAUGCCGUUACGAGCACCUCAAUGCUGGUAUCCACUGGGCUGACACCAGCAGCACUACCUGCAGCUGAGAAACCUUCUGAAACCUCACCAUAGAGCAAUACAAGUUGACUUUAAUAUAUGUCUGCUGACUGACAUCGGACUGUGUGUGGGUGCGUGUGUGUUGAGAGGUCCAGUGCCACAGCGCUGUGACCACAAACCUUUUAAAAACAGACUAUGGAGCUCUGCUCUGAUUCUUCUUGAAGCACUAUGUACCAGCAUCUGUUUUGUUGCCUUAAUGUUGCCUUAACAUGAAGACUGACAUCAGGUUUCAAAGGAGGAGACUGUGGAUUAUAAAUACUGUUCUCUUCUACCACAUUGCUUCCCAUUUCAAAGUUGAAGCAAAUGCAGACCAAACUGGAUGCACAAUGAUGCAGAAUGAACCUACUGUAUGACAUCAGGUAAAAAGCAUACAAGCUUAUUCAACGCCAAGAAGUGGCCACAUCAUAAAGAAUACAGAAGAACGAAUAUCAAAAAAGACAAGGGUUGUCUGUUUCAAUGAUGUCAUUACAUGCAGUUUAACCACUAAUAGAAGACAACAACAAACUCAAGGAAAAUAGAGAACAUGACAAAAUGCACAACUGUGGUUUUGUUGAAACAAACAAAAAAGGACUAUUGUCCUUAGCUGUUUUAUUGCACUGUUCAUUCCAUAAUGUGAACCAUAACAAAUUCCAGAGCUCUGGGAAAGAAAAAACAAACAAUUCCUCUGUAAAUUAUUUAAUAGGUUUUUUUCUUUUUGAAGAUUUGGAUGAAAAUGGUGUUUGUGAUAUUUUUCCCACUCUUCAUCUGAGAUGUCUUAUGAAGUCUCUGACUCACUCUAUUGACACCUAAUAGUCACAAUACCGUAGAGGAAGUUGGCAAGAUUUUAAGAGCAAUAUUGUUUUCCACUGCUGUGUCUUAGAUUCACACACAUAUACAAACCUACACACACUUACAAAGCAAUGAUGAACUGUUGACAUACCACUAGUAUUGAAUACUGUAUAUUGUUUGAAUUUGAGAUGAAAGAAGUGUUCAUUCCACCAUAGCACCACUGAGGACCAUUGUAUUGUUCUCUAGUAGCAAUACUGUUAAUGCACUUAAUGGACAUCACCCAAAGAAAAUUGCCUUAAUAUAGCCUGCACUUGGCUUGGAAGCAACAUGAGGGACCAGUAUGAAUACUACUCUUACAGUGAGUCUGUAUGUAAAAGACAAUAUUUGAACCUGUGGAUUUAGGUGGACAUCACAUGUGCAGUCUUUUGUAUACUGUUUGAUUUGUUGAUGAGCACAGUGACCUGACCUGGUCUGAAUGUUUUGCUCAUCAGUCUAAAUAAGGAAACAGUUUGUCGUAUUUUGUGUGUUGUUGGGAAGUAUUUUAUAUAUAUAUAUAUAUAUAUAUAUAAGUCUUGAACUAUAUAUAUAUAUAUAUAUAUAUAUAUAUAUAGUUCAAGACUCUUCUCUGUAAUACUUCUUAGUAGCAACUCUUCUUGUUGUACAAUCACGUCUAGACGACGCCAAGCUACGAGAUCACAUCAGUCUGUCAUCUAGCUGAUAUUAGUAGUAGAGAUAAUGUUGAUUCCUCAUUUGAAGAAUUGUUUUUUUAUGACCGUCCUGCUACAUGGGCACAUAAGGGCUCUGCAUUCCAAAUGAAAAAGUGUUUCUUAGUUUGGAUAUUUUUGUGUCAUUUUCGUUUUGUUCUUAGUAGGUUAGACUAGUACUGAUGGCUGUAGAAAACAGCUUCAGAUGGAUGAGUCUACUUUGUGGCCGACUAUUUACAUUUCUUCACUAAAUUAAAUUCUAAUUUGACUAUUUGACUAGUUUAGCUUUCCUGUGAGUUUUCACAUUCACUGUUGGACUUGUCAAACCAACAAAAUUUAAACUUGUGGUUUCGACACGUGGUGUUUUGUACAUGAAUUUAACUGGUUUGCUUUAAUCAGACCAUAAACACUGUCUGCCCAGCCUCAGAGCUUAUCUUAAACAAAAAGUAGAUACCAAAACGGAAGAAUUUACCAUUGCAGAGGUCCCAUUGUUGUUUCAGCCCUGCUUUAUCCUAUAGCAGAAAUUAUUGAGGACAUGUUGCGUGGAGGGUCACUCUGUUAUGAGUGCAGCUGUAUGUCAUUCUUGUGUUGUUUAUAGUAUUCUUAGUAUCAAGUGACAGCACAAACGAUAUGCUGUGUCAGUCUCAUGCAGCAUGUCUGACAGAUGCAUGUGGUGUCUAUGAAGUAAAUGCUGUCCGUGUGAGUGGCUGUGUGCAUGAGGGUCUUGCUGAUUGUGUGUACACUAGUACAUACAUAUGUACUAGUGUACAUGUUCAUGUGUUUUGUGCAUUUAUUUGUAAGUGUUUAAGUGAUUGUGUGUCUGUUGAAUCCUGUAAAUGACUCCUGUAUUAUAUUCCCAGUGACUGUUCUAUUAUGUAGAGGCCAGUAUUGCCUCAGAUCUUAAUUCCCUUUAUUACUGAUGUAAUUUGUACCUUCUUCUUAAAGAAAGACACUGUAAAUAGAAACUCCUAGACCAAAAUACACAUCACACAUGUGCCUUGAUGCAUUAAGUAGUAUGUGUAUUGGUAACUCUUAACUAACUGGACUUACAGUAGCUCUGUAUCUCUAAACAUGACUUUGAAAUCUUUGUUUCAUGUUGUUUUUUAUUAUUAACUUGUAUGUGUUAUUUUUCUUUCACAUUUCCUACUAUGUGUAUGUAUAGAAAGAUUUGUCUAUUUUGUACUUUUUGUCUUUUCCUCUUGAUUAAAAAAAAAUAAUUUCUAGUAUAA